UCUCCUCCCAUUCUGGUGAUGUCAUUCCCUGCCACACACACACGCAGAGAGAGAGAGGAUUUAGCAUUAAUUUUCUCCCCGUCUGAUCCUCCCAAACUCCAAGGAUCGAGAAAUCUGCUGGGAAUCCGAGGCGAGAGCUCCCAGCUCUCAACCCUAUCUCUGUCACUGAGAAUGGAACUGAGCCUAUUAAUUGACAUCUUGCAAACGGGUGACCAGGAUGCGGUACAGAAGGCACUGCUGGAAUUCAACAGAGAGUAUGCCCAGAGCUUCUUUUUCAAUGCAGAGGAGAGAGAGAGGAGAAAGCGUGAGAAACUGGAAGAGUUCAGGAAAAUGAAACACACAGAGUACUUUUCCAACUCAGAUUCCGACUCUGAUUCCGACCAUUCAGAUGAUCCUGAGGUGAAGCUGAGAAAGAAAAUUGGGGAGUUAUUGAUUGCCUCCUUGCAUUGGGACCUUCAGCCCUGCUGCCAGCUAGUGAUCCUGGAGGCCAUUCGCAUCCUAUCGAGGGACAAGCACGGCCUAGCACCCUUCGCCCACGCCAAAUCCAUGCACCUGCUGGCCCAGCUGGCCGGGUUGGGGGUGGCGGACGAGGGCCGCCUCCCGGAAGCUUCCGACAGCGAGGUCGCCUCCGAGGCGCUCAAGUGCCUGUGCAACACGGUCUACAACAGCGAGGAGGCCCAGAGAGUGGCGGCGGAGGAGGUGCAGCUGGUCAGAGGGUUGACCCGCCGCCUGAAGUCGGAAAGCGGAUUGCCGGGCAGCGGCCGUGACACCACCCGCUUCUACGAGCUGCGCCUGACCUUCCUGCUGACCGCCCUGCGCCUGGACGUCCGCAGGCAGCUGGCCCACCAGCUCCAUGGUGUGGCAUUGCUGGCGGAUUCCCUGGAGGCCGCUCUCGGCCUGCGGUGGUUGGAUGUGCACGAGGUGGCGACCUCACGGCCUGGGAAUCCGCUCCCGCGCGACGUGACCGAGCAAGCCAUGGAGAUCCUCAAAAUCCUCUUCAACAUCACGUUCGAGAGCAGCAAACAGCAAGUGGAUGAGGAGGAUGCUGCUCUCUACCGCCACCUGGCAGCCAUUCUGCGCCACUGCCUGCUGACUGACAGCGACAGUAAGGAGCGUACGCAGGAAUUUCACGGCCACACCGUCAAUGUCUUGGUCAAUCUGCCACUGAUGUGUUUAGAUGUGCUCCUCACUCCGAAGGUGGAACCAGGCUCGGUGGAAUACAUGGGAAUGAACAUGGACACUGUGGAGGCUCUGCUAGACUUCAUGAACAGGAGAUUAGACAGGGGUCUGAAGCUGAGGGAAUCUCUGACUCCAGUCCUCAACCUCCUGACGGAGAGCUCCCGUUAUCACCGAGAGACUCGCAAGUUCCUGCGUGCCAGGGUCCUGCCCCCACUCAGGGAUGUGAAGAACCGCCCGGAGGUGGGAGAGGCCUUGCGGAAUAAGCUGGUUCGCCUCAUGACUCAUGUCAACACGGAUGUGAAGCACUGCGCAGCCGAAUUCCUGUUUGUGCUGUGCAAAGAGAACGUUUCCCGUUUUGUGAAAUAUACGGGAUACGGGAAUGCAGCUGGGUUGCUGGCCGCCCGCGGACUCCUGGGGGGAGGAAGAGGAGAUGGAAAAUAUUCCGAGGAGGAGGACACCGAUACAGAGGAAUAUAAAGAGGCAAAACCAAAUAUAAACCCAGUGACAGGGCGAGUUGAGGAGAAGUUGCCGAACCCCAUGGAUGGAAUGACGGAUGAACAGAAGGAAUAUGAGGCCAUGAAGCUUGUCAGCAUGUUCGACAAACUGUCACGAGAACAAAUUAUCCAGCCAAUGGGAGUAGGCUGUGAUGGGAAACUCACACCAUUGGACGAGACAGUGCAACAAAUGGCAGAACAGAUAUCGUUUCAUUCAGACUCUGAUAUGGAGUUAGACUGAGAGGAUGUGACAGAAAUGCAAACAAAAUAUUGGUGAACCUGCCAAUAGCCAGUGAUGAACUCAAUGGGAUUGGGGCCCAGGGAUAUUCAUCAACAAACUGUGAAGAACAAUCUUCCAAGAGUGAAGAUAGUCAAAGGAAUAUUUUGUAAAAAAGGAGCUAAACUUUCAGCACAGUCUUUAGCAGAGGGAGAGGAAAACUUAGAUUUUAGGACCUUUUGCUGAUCUCUGUUUUGUGGGCCCUCUUUGUUAUACUUUUGGGUCCCUGCGUUCAGUUUGUUCUCAGUUGUCAAUGCUCAGCAACAAGAGUAAGCUUAUCUUUCUAAGUGUGCUAUUCUCUUACCCUGAUUCGAAAUGCUUCAUGUUUCCUUGGGAUGUUGUGUUGGGGGGGCGUAGUGGGGUUUGGACAGUGUUGAGAGAGAGCAAUGGAAUCCACCAGCCACUCAUCAGGAAAUUUACACUUGUAAAUUCGCUCUGAGUGCAUCUCGCUGACGAUAAUUGAUUUGGAACCCCUUCCUCAAUUCUUUUGUCCCAUCCUUUGAGAUGCUCCUUAAAACCUGCCUCUUUGAUGUCACUUGGAGACAUUGAGCUUUUUGACAGGGCCAAGAAAGGCCCUUUACAUCCACAAUGAUCAACAAAUUUCUACCAAUUCUGAUCCUAUUUCCUGGCACUUAGCCCUUGGUCCUGUAUACAGUGGUGUUUCGAAUAUUAAUGUAAAUACUUCUUUAAUGUUACUAAAGCUCCUCCCUCUACCACCCUGUUUCUUCUAAAAUUUCCACUCUAAACCUCCUGCUCCUUGUUUUAAAAACUGCACCCCCUGGUUAUUGACACCUUUACGAAGGGUAAAGGUUUCCAAUUUGUCUCCUCCCCUCAAAACUAUGUGGCAUCUCAACCAGGUCUCUCUCUCUGCCUUCUUAUUGUGCUAAUAUCUCCUCUGUGACUUCAUGUAAUGAUUAAUUUAAUAACAUUCCAGUGGGAUGUCUCACGAUGCUAAGGGAGUUAUGUUGACUCUCACAUUCCACGCACUUUCCCCGUUUUCUGUUGCAUGAUCUAUUGCCCAUUUUCCAUGCCAUCCCCUGAGAGAGGGAGGGGCUGUGGUUUGGGAGGGGUUGUUAAACUCCCAACAUUUCCCUUCCACCUACUGGGGACCUCAGAGAUCUGCCACCAUGCUGUGAACCCAGCCUCCAGUAGGUCAUUAGAGCCAUAAAGAUGUACAGCAUGGAAACAGACUGUUUGUUCCAAUUUGUGCACACUGACCAGGCAUCCUAAGUUAAUCCAGAGAUAGUAAGAACUGCUGAUGCUGCAGUCAGAGAUAAGAGUGUGGAGCUGGAUGAACACAGCAGGCCAGGCAGCAUCAGAGGAGCAGGAAAGCUGACGUUUUGGGUCAGGAUCCUUCUUCAGAAAUCCCCAUUUCUGAAAUACCAAUUCUGAAAAAAAAUCUAUUUUCCUCUGGGAUGAGGAGAGAUUCCUUUGCUCAAAAAAGCAUUUAAAAAAUGUUCAGUCCACCUUCAAUAAGGUCACACUGAUCAAAUUGUGGUCUUGGUCCUGCUUUCCUGUCUGUCCCCAUAACUUGUGAUUCCCUUAUCAAUUCAGGACUAUCUCUAACUUGGCUUCAAAGUGGUAAGCCAUUAUUUUUAAAUUGUAUCUCUUGGUUUAGCAAUCCCUAACCAACAGAAACAUCCUCUCAGUAUCCACCCAAGUCAAGGCCCCCCACCGUCCCCACCUCCAGGAUCUCGUAUGUUACAAACAGAUCAGUCUUCAUUCUUUUAAACUCUAAUGGACACAGGCCCAAUCUGCUACACCUUUCCUCAGAAGUGAUCUCCCUCAUCCCAGGAAUCAGCCAAAUGUGUCAUUCCUGAUACACUUUCAUCUCUCCUUAAAGAAAGAGAGGCACAAAUUCAACACUUUUGUUCACACGUUCACCAGGAAAGGGUGCAAGAUGCCAAACUUUAGAAAGGGACAAAGGUAUAAUGAACUUUGGUUCAUGAGUGCUGGGCUGAAAACUUUGACUUCCUGUCUCUUUGUGGCAAUGUUUAAUGUUAACAUGGAGAUGGUGGAGAGGAAGUUUUACGCUGUAUCUAACCCCAUGCUGCCCCUGUCUUGGGAGUGUUUGAUGGGGACAGUGUAGAGGGAGCUUUAGAUUCAAUUUAGUGAAUAGAAAAAGGAACAUAGUAACUUCUGGAUGACAAAAACCCAUCUUGCAUCCAAGUGAACAAAAUAUAAUGGGAGCGAAAUAUUUGCAAGAAGCAAUAUCACAGAUGUUUUAACAAGAAAAGACCAAAGAUUGGGAAGGAUGUGUUUGAUGGCAUUUAAGAAUUGUGCAAUGAGGUUAGGAAAAAAAGAAAGAAUACAAAUUUAUAGUAUUUUCCAUGACUAAGGGAUGCCUCCAACUAUUUUACAAACAAUUUAGGACCUUUGUAGAAAUGUAGUAAUUGUUCUAACAUCGCAACCAGUUUCCACACAGCAGAUCCCACAGGCAGCAACGUUACAAUCACUGGAUAAUCUGUCUUAGUGAAGUCUAUUUAAGGAUAAUUAUUGGCCAGGACAGCAGGAGGUGAUCCAGGCACAUGUUUCAGGGACAAGUGUGUAAAUCAUGUUUUGAGUUUUAUGCCAAUCUGGGAUUUAAAAAGAACAGAGCAAUAGCAACCAUGUAGCCGCUGUGAAUUGUUGUAAGCAGCCAUCUGGCUCAUGCAUGUCCUUUAGGGAAGGAAACUGCCAUCCUUACCCAGUUUGGCCUACAUGUGACUCCAGACCCUCAGCAAUGUGGAUGUCUCUUCAUUGCCUUUUGAAAUGUCUGAACACGCUGCUCGAGCCAAGGGCGGUUAGGGAUGGACAACAAGCACUGACCCUGGUCAUGAAUAAAAUAUAAAUCAAAUCAAGGCUGUGGCAUUUUUCUUUCGAAAUCCAAUUGGGAUCCUAGUAUAUCAUCUUAUUGGAAAGACGGUGUCUCUGAUAAUGCAGCAUUCCCUCAGCGCUGCAUUGGAGUGUUAUCAUGGAUUCCACGCUGUUGUCUGAAGAGAGACUCAAAAUUGUCUGACUCUGGGGCGACAGUGUUCUCCACUGGGCCAUGGCAACCAGUGAUGGCUCUCAGAAACUGAGGAAUCACAAUAUAAUUCUCUGCUUUGCCAUGGCAAUCACUCUUCCCCAACCCACCCACGGCCCCACCUUAGCUUCGAAACCCCGCCUGGGUUCCACUUCCCUUCUGCCCGCCUACCACGCACAGUGACUCUCUUGGGUGUCUCCUGUCUCCUUCGCACUGUUGCUGUCACUGCCUUCCCCUGUACAUUUGUCACAGUUUGAAUUUGCCUAUCGCCUGCUAACUGUCAUAUUGCAACAUCGUGGCACUCACAACGUGUGAGGAAACUGGCCAAUAGAGAGUUUGCAAGAGAGAUUCAGUAGCAAUGUCUCAGUAUUCUGAUAUUAAACUCUUUCAGAUUUGUACAGUCGAUGCACUGAAGAUGUGGAAUAUGAUAUGUCUGGUCAAAUAUGUUUCUUUCCUUACUGUGGAGCUAAAUAAAUCAUUGCAUUCA